CGGCAGCAGACACCACCUCCGGCCGAGACCUCCGCUGCAGCUCAGAAGCCAAGAAGUCCGCAGGAGCAGGCGACUGAACAACCCACCGCGCUCCGGUCAUGGAAUCCCACAAGAACUGCCGCUGCUUCUACUGCACCAACUUCAAGAAUUUCUCCGGAACGGUGAAGGAGGAAACACUUCAGGACCCUCUGUUCAACUCCACAUUUCUGGAAGAAAUAAACUCCCAGGAACCCAAGGGAUUUAAACUCGAAAGAGGAGAAGCAGCUACCCCUGUUGCUGAAGCUACGCAAACCUGGGAUGGGAAUGAAAACCUUGGAGGCGACUUCCAGGAGUCCAAAGCUCAGCUGGAGGAGGCGGAUGUAGUCCCGGAGUCCCUGAUGCGGUCUGAGGACGCGGAUGUCGUCCAGGUGCAGCCUCUGAUGCAACCUGUUGCGCAGUCUUCGCAGAAGCCCCCGCUGCAAUCUCUGCUGGCAACCCUGCUGCAGGCCCCGCUGCAACCCUUGCCGGCAAAGCCGCUGCAGGCCCCGCAGCCAUCCCAGGAGCAACUCCUGCAGGAGCAGCCCCAGGAGCAACCCCAGGGGCAGCCCCAGGAGCAGCCCCAGGGGCAGCCCCAGGGGCAGCCCCAGGAGCAGCCCCAGCAGGAGCCGAAGCCCCGCCGCUACCGCAUCUGCUUCACCCGGUUCCAACUGCAGGAGCUGGAGGCUUAUUUCCAGCGCGUCCAGUACCCGGACCUGUUUGCUAGAGUGGAGCUUGCCAGACGUCUGGGCUUGCCUGAACCUAGAGUGCAGGUUUGGUUUCAGAACAGAAGGGCCAAAUGGAGACGAAUUCGUCGGGCACAAGCAUACAGAAACAUGGUUCCAGUAGCUAUGGGUCCCCCUGUGGGUGUAUACAUGGAUGAUCAUUAUGGUCCCAUCCCUAUUGUGGAGGUUAUUUGGAAAUGUUACCCAAUGAUGCCACGGCCCAUGCAUCCUCAAAUGAUGCAUCCUCCACCCAGGCCACCUCCAGUAUUCAGAGUACCUCCACCAUUUAGGCCACCCCCUCCACCUCCAUUUCCCUGGCCACCUGUACCACCUGAUGUCCACAUACACAAUGCAGGGAUGGGAUAUAACCCCUUUCCGUUCCACUUCCCCUUCCCCAACUUCAACCCCAACCCCAUCCCCAUCCCCAUC